AUGGAGGCCAUGCUGGAGACCUACAGGACACUGUCGGCGCCUGGUAUGGGGCGGAAAGAGAAGGGCGACCUUGGUGGGCUCGGCGGGAUUUCGGCGGUACCGAUAUACUUCAUUGAAAUGCGAGCGAGGGUUCAGGAUAUUGUGGUAUUGAUGAACUGGCAACUGUACAUGGUCGACCCAAUUAACCACCCCGUCGACUUUCACCGGAAGAAGACAUACGAGGCGUCGACGAAGCCCGGGCGGGAAAGCUUCAGCAUCCGAGAAGACGAGGUAGUCUUACCGCUCGUCUUCAUGGACGUUGCGUGCCGGUUGAUCUUCGAGCUUGCAGGCGGCGUCGAGGGUAUUAACCGAAGAUAA